AUGGCAUUUAACAUUGAGCAAGCCGGGGCAUUUCAAUUUUCAAAUAAGCUUAUCUCUUUAACUUCGACUCAUUUUCUAAUAGAUUCAACUGUCUACAGUCUUUCUGGAAGCUCAUUUAAAUUAUUUUUGUAUUUACCUUCAAUGCCUUCAUCUGCUAUAUUAGAUGACUCUCUUAUUUUAGCAGCAAUCGGUAAUUCUUUACUCCUAUGAGAUCUAAAGACUCAUGAAACUUGUGAUCAACCAACGCAUAAACACUUACUACCCCUUUAAUAUGAAAAAAAUCGAUUAUCAUUCAUCUCUUUUGUAAAUUAGCCCCUUUAAAUUUGAACAAAAUAAAAGUUAAAAUAAUAAUUUCAUUUUAAACAGCUCUAAUACCAAUUUAAUAUAAGCUUAUUAUUAUAUAGUUAGAUAGGUUGACUGAAACGGGGGCUUUUUUGGCAUGCCGGUAAGCCAAAAAAGUCCCGUUCCAGUCAACCUAUCAAGCUAUAAAGUAUAAAGCCUAUUUAUCACAAGUUUUAUUUAAAUGGAGAGUGUAAGCAGACUAUUUAUGUAGACAAAUUUUUCACUUUUAAAUCGAUAAAUAAUUUAAAAUUUAUAUAAUUGUAUAUAUAUUUUUUAUUAUCCCCCAUGGAAUUGGAACAUAAGUUUUUGGUUCAAUUUAAGAAGAGAGGAUUAGAAAGUCAAUUAUUACUAUGAAGAGGAGUAUCAAAUCCUAUAGCUUUGUCAUUAUCAAAUAAUUUAGCUAUUGGCUAUGCUGAUGAUUGCUUUUUAGGUUAUAAUUUAGAUGGUAGCAUUAUAUUCAAUAUAGCAAACCAAAGAGAAAAACCUAUCGAAUCAAUUAUUUCUAAAAAUAAAUUGGUUGCCUUAUUGAAUGAUCAAAGUAUUUUAAUAAUUGAUAUUUGGUCAAGGUUGAGCCAUGCGACUUCAUUAAAAAUAUAAAAUAUAUAAACCUUAUAGUAAAUUUUCUUUUCAAAAUUUAAAAAAAUCCAUAUUCGAAAUAAUUUUAAAGUAAAUAUUAAUUUAAAUGUAAAAUUUAUGUUUUAAAAUGCAAGUUAUUUAAAUUAAACAGAAUUAGCUAUAGAAUUCAUUAUAAUAAUUAUUACUUAUAUAUCAAAUAAUUCUUCUUAAAAAAUUUUAUCCUAAAGCUCACAGAGGGUGGGAUUUUACCCAAAAAAUAUUGAUUUUUCAAUGGUUUUGCUCGCUCCAUGAGGGGGAUUUAUAUUUUGUUAUAUAAAAAUUCUGCAUGCACUCAGAAUAGGUGGCUCAUUUUUGGUUGGAGUUUCAUGCUUGACCAGAUAUUAGUACACAAGUAGAAAUUUUAUGAGAAAAUUUUCUGACAAUUUCAAUAGGUAAAGGUGAUUUUUUAUUAUUUGGCUGUGCAGAUGGAAAAAUAAGAAAUUAUGACAAUGGAAUCAAUGAGAAGAUUAAUUUAUAUGAAAUUAUGGACCAUGAGGAAAAUGAGCUUACAAUAGUCUCUCUUUAUUCAUUUAAGGAUUUUAUUUUUGUAGGAUUUCCAUUAUCAAUAGCAGUAUUUUGCAAUGAAGAAAUUAUUCUAUCAUUUCCUUUACCCCAGAGAGGGCAAAAUAUUUUCUAAAUUGUGGGUCAGUUUUUUUUAAAAUUUAUUUUUCGAAUUCCAAAAGAUUAAAUUUUCUAUGAUUUUUAUAAAAGCAUUUUUUACCUGCUCAAAAAGAGGGGUUAAUUUCGUAAAAGUAGGUUUUUUUUUUUCAAAUAGCUCACUCAUGGAGAAUGAAAUUAGAAAAUUUUGCUUGUCACAUAAAUUUUAUAGAAACGCAUUGUUUAAUUGCACACCCAUUAAAAUCUUUACUCCCCCCCUCCGUGAGUGAACAAAACAUUUAGAAAAAUCGCUAUUUUUUGCCCAAAAACCCACCCUCCGUGAGUGAACAAAAAUUUUUUUAAUAGAAAAAUUUUUUAUGGAAAAAAUUUUUGAUAUAUAAAAUGAUAAUUAGUAUAAUGAAAUCUAGAGCUAAUUCUGUUUAAUUUUAAACGAAUUGCUUUUUAAAACAUAAAUUUUGCAAAUUGAAUUAAUAUUUGCUUUCCAAUUUUUGCGAAUUAGGAUUUUUUUAAAUUUCGAAAAAAAAAAUUUUUUAUAAAAUUUAUAUAUAAAUUUUUUUAAAAAACAAAAUUAACCCCCCUCCGUGAGUGAACAAAAUUUUUCUGUUCACUCACGGAGGGGGGGGGAGUUAGCAACUUUAUACACUUUGAGUGAAUCUGAAGAAGAUAACUACUCGAGUGAUUUUGAAGAAGAAUCUCCAAGUCCAGUUUAUGAAGAAAAUGAAAAAACUGAGGAAGAAGCUUUAUCUCUAGAAACUCCUCAGCAAGAUAUAACAGUUGUAAUGAAUUUUGAGCCUACAAGUCGUAUCCUUAAUACAUCCAACCCCAAACUACCUAAUAAAUCAAAAAAGCAAAAGAUCCAAGACAAGCCAGUAACUUUCCAUAAGAAAAUAAAAUCUUCAGGUUAUGGCAUCAAGCAAAAGCCAAUAAAAAAAACAAAAAAUUUACUAUCAAAAAAAUAUAUUUAUCCAACUCAUCUUCCUCCUCCUUCUAAUCUUCAAGAAGAAAAUUUAUUUCCCAAAGACGCUCCACUUCAUAAUGGUCCUAUUUUUAAUAUCCAAUACAGCCAAGAUGCCACAAAAUUAGCCACUUGUGGAAACGAUGCUGCUUUUAUAGUGAAACUUCCAAUAUCAAAAUACAAAGGAGAAAGAAUCCCAUUAGUAGGACAUGAGGGGCCAGUUACAUCUGUUAAUUGAAAUUCUGAUUGCAAGUAUAUACUGACAAGUUCUUUAGAUAAUACUAUUAAAUUAUGGGGAACCAGUAGUAAUAAGCCUGGUGAAUGCCUAUUAUCAAUCCUUGGUGAUUUUUUUGAUGUGAAAUUCUACUUUGUUGACAAAUUUAUUGCGGCAAGCCAAGGCUCUCAUAUAUCAUUGUAUCGCUAUAAGCUAAGAGAUCCUCAUUACAAAGAUGAUAUAAAGAGGCUUCAAGCCAAAUGCUCCUAUAAAGAAGUCCACAAUAUGGUCCAUCCAUCAGCUCAAAACAUCUCAAAAUUUGCUUGUCAUAAUUCAUUUUAUUCACACUUAAUGCUUUUUGCUGGUAGCAAUAAAAUUAUUUCAGUCUGGGAUGUUGACAAAGAUAUGGAAAUUUUGUCAAUUCCUACAAUUCAUAGAAAACCUAUAAACACAAUAAGGUUUUAUUGUAGUGUGUUUUUGGGCGUUCUUUUUUUCCUCGACUCAUUUUAUCAAACUUAUUUUCGUCAGACAUUUGCUUUGCAAAAACCAUUAUUUUUCUUUCAAAUGCCUGGCGAAAAUACUUCAACUAAAUGAUGAAGGGGAAAUAUCUCCAGAAAAGAUGUGCUGCAAUUUUAUAAUGGCAGCGAUUAUAUUGAGCCAAAUUAUGAUUUUUUUAAUAUUUUUUUGACUGGAGCUUGCGAUAAUUAUUUAAAUUUAUUCUUAAUAAAAGAAAAUGUGCUAUACGAAUUUUAAUAAUUCAUGCUUAUUUUUACAAUAAACAUCAUAAGUAGCAGAGAAUAUAUGAUAUCAGAACUCCUAAUGAGAGCAUUGGCUGCUUUGUUGGGCAUUUAAACACAGGAUUAAAUUUAGGAGCAUGCGUAAGUCCUUGCAUGAGAUAUGUGGCCUCAGGCUCUGAAGAUAAAUCUGCAUACAUUUGAGAUAUAAGAACUAUGCGAGUUUUACAGAGACUCAGGGGAUUUAGGGAAAAUACAAAUGAUAUAGCAUGGAAUCCAAUGCAUCCACAAAUAUGUGUAGCUGAUAAUGAAGGGCACAUUAAAUUUUUUAAACCAUAA